UACUGGUUUACUCUCAAAUGUAAGUUUAUGGCUGUGGAAAAUAGUCGUGGAAAAAAGAAUAUGGCUGACAUAGGCAACAAUGUGGAAAUCGGCAGCUAUUCCUAUGAUGACGCGGUUGAGAUGACUGGUCAUGGAUGGUACAACCGCUGGCUGCUGGCCGCCAGUUCUGUGAUCAGCAUAGCUGUAGUCCUGGACAUGUUCGGCUUCACCGUAGUAAUGGCAGCUGCCAGAUGUGACCUGCAGCUGGGACUCAGGGAGACAGGGAUCCUGGCUUCGGCACCAUUCGUUGGUGUCAUAUUUUCUUACCCCUGGGGAUAUUACGCGGACACCCGCGGCAGGCGUAGAGCGUUGCUGCUGUCCACAUCAGGGGGGUGCUUGAUGGGCACCCUUGCUGGGUUCUCACCGACCUGGGAAGUCAUGUUUGUCAUGAAGAUCCUUAGUUGCAGUUUUUCAGCUGCGUCAUUUACUCUCACGAUGACGUACGUGGGAGAGGCUGUGACCAGUGAACACAGAGCUAGGUACCUCUUCAUACUCACUGGUAUGAACUUGCUAUCAGAGUUCAUUUAUUUUGGAUUAGCCUACCUGAUCCUUCCCCUGGACUUCAGUUUGCCAAUGUCCUGGCUUUCUAUCAGUUUCCGACCUUGGAGACUGUUCACCAUCGUCAUGGGUCUUCCCCUGGGUCUUGGUGCAUUGAUGCUGCUGUAUCUUCAGGAGAGUCCAAAAUUCUUGGCUGAUAAGGGUAUGACGCAUGAAGCUUUGGACGUGCUGAAGAUAAUAUUCGAAGCUAACGGGGGGAACAGUGCGAAUUAUCCUGUCACAUCAUUGAAGAAUAUCAACGCACCAGUAAAUUCGAAGUUCUGGAGAUCAAUUGUGAACCAGACAAUGCCGUUGUUCAAACCACCAUUGCUGUGGACGACUUUUAAAUUAUAUUUUCUCAUGAUUAUUUGCACUACCACUAACAAUGUGUUCCUGAUGUGGUAUCCUUUGAUAGUGAACAUAUUCUUCAAUUCUUUAGCUAACGGCUCCAGCGAUGGCGCAAGUUUCUGCCAAUUAAUAUCAGAAAAUAUUCCUACUUCUGGUGAUGUUGAUACUAUAACAUGCGAUGACACUAUAUCAACGAACACUCUUUACGCCGGCAUGGUCUACGGCAUAUUCUUCUGCGUCCUCACCCUCCUCAUCUCCCUGGUGGCCGUCCACCGCCGCCUGGUUCUCAUAGCCACCUUCAUCACCUCUUCCGUCAGCGGGUGCCUGCUGACUGUGGUCAGCGAGCCCAUCAGUGUGAUGAUACUGUUCACGCUACAACAGGGAACUAUUGUUGGGAUAGGCAGCGUGGCUUCGUUUUUUACAGAUUUGUAUCCUACUUCUUAUAGAGGCCUGGUGACCAGUCUGUCCAUGAUGUUUGCAAGGUUCAUGUCUAUGGGUGGAGUGAACCUCGUCGGAGCUACCAUAUUCAACUAUUGCGCUGCCACUUUUUACGUUUGGUCCGCUUUCGUGAUGAGUGGCGUGGCAGUAACGAUGUUGUUACCGAGAGACAAUACCAGUAAAUUAUAAUUAUACUUAGGUACCUACAUACUGUG